GUAUGUCGCCAGUCGGUCGUUUAGACGUCACCGUCGUUUCUGCUGCAGCAGCAGCAGCAGCAGGAGAGAGAGCGAGCGGGAGGUAGAAGCUCUCUCCUUGAUUCUUCACGUAGACGAUUUUCUUGGCAGCCAUUUCAAAUAACCAAUCCCUCCUAAAAAGUACGACUGUACGAGUUAGAACUUAAAGAAAGGAAAACUGCGGCGAGCUCUUCGUUUCUCAAGCCCUAUUUUUUCGAAAUAAGCUCUGGAUUUUUGGAAUCGCUUACUUGAUUAGAACCUUAGAGUUGGAUGAUGGUGGGAACUCUUGCGGGCUUGCAGGAUCAUCUGAAAUUGGCGAAGGAAUACGCCCUUGAAGGCCUCUAUGAUGCAGCGAUUAUCUUCUUUGAUGGCGCCAUUGCUCAUCUCAACAAGCACCUAAGCACUCUUGAUGACCCUUUACUCCGUGCCAAAUGGAUGAACGUAAAGAAAAAUCUUUCCGAGGAAAUAGAUAUUGUAAAACGGUUGGAUGCAGAGAGAAGGGCCUUCAAGGAGGUUCCUGGGACCAUACGCUCUUCGCCACCUCCAAUACAUGCUAAAUCGUCAUUUGUGUUCCAACCACUAGAUGAGUACCCCACUUCCUCAGGUGCCCCAUUGGAUGAUCCUGAUGUUUGGAGACCACCAAGCCGAGACUCAGGAAGCAGAAGGCCUACAAGGUCUGGCCAAGUGGGUUCGAGGAAGUCAGCACAAGAUGCCACUUGGGCUCGUGGUUCAACAAGGGCAGGAACGACUAGUCGUGGAGCAAAGGCUAAUGCUUCAAGUAAAUCCGGAGUCCGAGCAUCGACUGCUUAUGGACUUUCUGGGAAAAAAGGCAGUUCUUCAGGCAAAUCCAACUCUAGCAAGGCAGAUUCAGUGAAUGGUGAUGCAGAAGAUGGAAAGCCAAGAAGAGGACAGUAUGAGGGACCUGAUCCUGACUUAGCUGCAAUGCUUGAAAGAGAUGUCUUGGAGAAUACUCCUGGAGUAAGAUGGGAUGAUGUUGCGGGGUUGAGUGAAGCCAAAAGACUUUUGGAGGAAGCUGUUGUCCUUCCUAUAUGGAUGCCUGAAUACUUCCAGGGCAUUAGGAGACCAUGGAAGGGUGUUCUUAUGUUUGGCCCACCUGGCACAGGGAAGACACUUUUGGCAAAGGCAGUUGCUACCGAGUGUGGAACAACAUUUUUCAAUGUCUCUUCUGCCACCUUAGCCUCCAAAUGGCGUGGUGAGAGUGAGCGUAUGGUUCGGUGCUUGUUUGAUCUUGCAAGGGCUUAUGCACCAAGUACAAUUUUCAUUGAUGAGAUUGAUUCUCUUUGCAAUGCUAGAGGGGUUUCAGGAGAGCAUGAGUCAUCUAGAAGGGUGAAGUCUGAACUUCUAGUACAGGUCGAUGGUGUUAACAACAGCUCCACUGGUGAAGAUGGUAGUCGCAAAAUAGUGAUGGUCCUGGCAGCUACCAAUUUUCCUUGGGAUAUAGAUGAGGCACUUAGGAGAAGGCUGGAAAAGAGAAUAUAUAUUCCUCUUCCAAAUUUCGAGAGUCGUAAGGAGCUCAUACGGAUCAACCUAAGAACUGUUGAGGUGGCUCCAGAUGUAAACAUUGAUGAAGUGGCACGUCGAACAGAAGGAUAUAGUGGAGAUGAUCUCACAAAUGUUUGCCGAGAUGCUUCCCUAAAUGGAAUGAGGCGCAAGAUUGCAGGCAAGACACGGGAUGAGAUCAAGAACAUGUCCAAGGACGAGAUCUCAAAGGACCCAGUUGCUAUGUGUGACUUUGUAGAAGCUCUAACUAAAGUUCAGCCGAGUGUAUCAGCAGCUGACAUUGAAAAACAUGAGAAAUGGUUUGCUGAGUUCGGAUCAGCAUAAAAACCAAGAUACGCCAGAUUUGGCUGUUUGCUUCUCUGUUUUUCUUGAUUCUUCCAGCUUCGGUGUUGAUACUCAGAAUGAAAAUGGGAAUGUAUAAAUGUUGUGUAUUUGCAAGUUACUGCCUUUUGUUUUUAUGAAAAGAAACAGAGAAAGAAAAAAAAGGAAUUUGUUUUUAUGAAAAGAAACAGAGAAGAAAGAAAAGAAUUAUGUAUUCUAUGGGGUCAUCCCAGGCUCAGAGAAUAAGGUCAUUUAGUAAAAUAGCAUAGCAUGGUAUUACUAA